UGUGAAGGUGGAAGCAAUUCUAUUGAAAUGAUUAUGAAGCUCUCGUGUUUUUGAAUUUGAAGAUUAUUACAAAUGAAUAAGUAUUGUUGAAGCUUGAACUAUUGGAGAGUAAGCAGUCGGCGAUUGUUCUCGAGAUACGAAAUUGAUUCUCUGCUCGCAUCGCAUUCCAACAAUACCGGAAGAAUGGCGCUCCCGGCUCUGUCAUCCCUCCAUUUACUGUUCCUUGCACUAUUUACCGCCCUGAGCGUGGGCGACGCUCAGGAGGUCAAUAGUACUCCUUCCCUUGACCGGCACCAGCUCAUCCCUCACUGGACAGUAUUGCCAGUCGCCUCCGCCGAUGCCAUCAGAUGGGAAAAUCGAAAUAAGAUUUAUCCUAAAACAACAAACUCGUUAAGUUCAGCAGCAUCCCUCGGGGAACAGGACUCCAUCACCGACGUUGAUGUGAUGAAAAGCAUAUCACUGACGACCACGACCGGCGUCGCCAGCAGACGACAGCUGACUCAUCUGGUGAAGCGCGAUGUAAUUAAAGUGCAAGAAUCUCUAUUAUCAUCGUCAUCUUCAUCAUCCUUGUCGCUGACAGCUUCGACGAUGAGUGCGAGAAUCGACCAGUCGCUAUCGGAGAGUUCUAAUGGCGCAAUUUGUCGCAACGGAAGCAACUUGCCAGAUCCGGCCGGAAGCUGCACCACCAACAGCAACAACGGCACUAAAUCAUCGGCAGAUGGGAACCAGACCUACGUUACUCCGUACUACACCAUCAUCAACCUGGACAACCAUAACGACGUCCUGUGCGAUGAGGAGUACUAUAUGGAAGAGUACAACGAGAACUGCUUCAUCGAUCAUAAUGUGACCUGCGUGGGCGAUCCGUUGUACUGCAAUCUAACGAACGAGGAGUACCAGCAACUGCUGAUGGACUACAUCUACCCAUCGACAGCCGAGUGGAUCCUGAUUGCAUCGCACUCGGUGGUGUUCAUAAUGGGGCUGGUGAGUACCUCAUGGGUGGUAUUUGGGUUGAAUUAUUUGCAGCAGAAGUCGCACUGA